AUGCGGUCGUUUUUUGGACCACGACGUGUGGUGACCACGCCAGCUGUGGUUACAUCGUCAGAGUACAACGACAAUGACCCGGAAGAGAUUCAACUAAUCAACCCUCAUGACCCGUCGACACCAACCCUGGCAGAUGUCAAUGAUAUUGUGGAAGAUUAUUAUGGCUCUGAAGCGCAUGAGCUUGCGAUGAUCCCCACCAAGCCCUCCUCAUCACAACAUGCGUCAGUAGAUUGGUCUGAGAAUGGAUUUCCGUACCUCGAUGCUGUUGAUGGUCUGUCUAAAGAGCGCGCUAGCAUUUCUACGCUGCCUAUGGCAUCAUCUGCUCAGCCAUUGAUGAUACCGGAUUCCUCUUCUAUGGCGGCUACAGAGUCUCUCGCUCCUACAACGAACGAGGCCCCUGCCUCUACAUGGCUGGGAUUCCUGUCUUCCUAUAUCUACCCUACACCGAAAUCACCCGACUUGGAAGCAGGGUCUGAUGGACGCUUUGGCUCUACCUGGGAGCGGAUUCGAUAUGGACACAUUCCUCAGCGUCAGCCACGGCGAUACCGAACAAUCAAGCGUGUACCUUUAUAUGAUGGCCAUUUGGUUCUUGACUGUCCCAUUCCCCCGCGUCUUUUGCAACGUCUCCCUAUUCGCGAAGGGCGUGAGUUCAACUUUAUGCGGUACACGGCUGUGACGUGCGAUCCAGACGGUUUUGUGAAAGACAGGUAUACCCUACGCCAGCAACUUUACCGCCCGCCACGUCCCACCGAACUGUGCAUUAUCCUGACCAUGUACAACGAAGAUGAGCGUUUAUUCACUCGAACCAUGCAUGGUGUCAUGCGGAAUAUCGCAUACUUAUGCUCGCUAAAAAACCACCAUGUAUGGGGAAAAGACAGCUGGCAGAAAGUGGUGGUGGUCAUUGUAUGCGAUGGUCGACUGAAAAUGAACGCUCGAACGCUAAGUGUGCUUGCUGCUAUGGGCAUAUACCAGGAAGGUGUUGGGAAAAACACUGUGCAAGGGACCCCUGUGGAAGCCCACAUGUACGAAUAUACAACUCAAAUUUCAAUUGACCCGUCCCUCAAGUUCCGCAGUGCAGAGCGCGGAAUUGUCCCUGUACAGGUACUGCUUUGUAUCAAGGAGCAUAACAAGAAGAAAAUCAAUUCUCACCGGUGGGCUUUCAAUGCAUUUGGUCCUCUUCUGCAGCCUAACGUCUGCAUGCUUCUCGAUGUGGGUACCAUGCCUACGGCUCGCAGUAUCUAUCGACUUUGGGAGGCGUUUGACCGCGAUAAGAAUGUAGGCGGUGCCUGUGGUGAAAUUGUUGCUUUAAAAGGCACCAUGUGGCACGCGCUUCUCAACCCCCUUGUGGCUGCCCAGAACUUUGAAUACAAGCUGAGCAACGUGCUAGACAAGCCUAUGGAAAGUGCGUUUGGGUACAUUAGCGUUUUGCCAGGUGCGUUUAGUGCUUAUCGAUAUGAAGCGUUGCAAAAUGAUGCUAUGGGUAAUGGCCCCUUGUGCUCGUACUUCAAGGGUGAAAGUCUACAUGGUGGCAACUCAGAUGCUGAUAUCUUUACAAGCAACAUGUACCUGGCCGAAGAUCGAAUCUUAUGUUGGGAACUUGUCACAAAAAGGGAUAGUGCAUGGCUCCUGCGCUAUGUGAAACGAGCUCAAGCAGAAACUGAUGUGCCUACACACGUUGCUGAACUUAUUUCGCAGCGUCGACGUUGGCUCAAUGGCUCCUUCUUUGCUGGGAUCCACUCGAUUAUCAAGUUUGGCCAUAUCUAUCGAUCCAACCAUUCUACUGGCCGGAAGAUUGCGCUUCAUAUUGAAAUGAUAUACCAACUGUGCCAGCUCUUCUUUUCUUGGUUCUCCCUUGCGAACUACUACAUUACUUUCUGUGUUCUAUCCGAGUCUGUGACGGAUUCGCUGCACUGGGUGCGCGUUCCAUCGAUUAUCUGUGAAUACAUAUACUUGGCUUUCCUUAUUUAUUGCUUCCUCCUUUCCAUGGGCAACCGGCCUCAGGGUAACAAGAUUGGAUACCUUGUCUCAAUGAUUGUGUUUGCUCUUCUAAUGCUCAUUAUGAUGAUUUUUGUCAUCUAUUUGGCUUACUGGAGUGUACAAAAAGAAGUGUCAACGAAGAGUGGCAUCGCUCUAGUGGCCGAUGGUGUGUUCAUUCGUGUGGUGAUUUCGUUGCUCAGCACGUUUGGGUUCUGGCUCAUUUCGUCCCUGUUGUUCCUCGAGCCAUGGCACAUGUUUACUAGCGUGCUUCAAUACCUUCUCUUGUCUCCCAGUUUUAUCAAUGUCAUCAAUAUCUAUGCGUUCUGCAACACGCAUGACGUAUCGUGGGGUACGAAGGGCUCGACGGCGAUGCAUAAAGACUUGGGUCAAGCUGCAGGCAGCACCAAUAAUUCCGUGGAUGUGAUGAUUCCCAGUGAGUCUCAAGAUAUCGACGAAGCGUAUGAUGAUGCCUGUCACGUCCUCAACACGAAACCUACCCGUGUCAUACCCAUGCCUGACCCUGAUAUGGAACAGAGAGACUACUAUGCGACGGUGCGAACCAAUGUGGUUCUUGCGUGGACACUGACCAAUGCGGCACUGGCUGUGGUAAUUCUUAAUUUGGACCGACCUGUACACAACGUUUAUAUGGGUAUUUUAUUCUAUGCGAUUGCUGCCUUGUCUUUCUUCCGCUUCUUUGGUGCUUUUAUGUAUUUGUACGUAUGCGCAUGA